GUCGAAUUGAUAAUUGGGAAAACUUCAUGAUACCGAACUCCGGUGUCGGACCGAGAUAAGCCAACAACUGCACGCCCUUUCUAAUGUCAUGACAUUAGCUCGCAGCCAUCUUGACAAGACAGCAUAGUGAACAUCUACAUACCAACCGACGUUCCGACCGAGAUCCGAUAGCAUGAAAUAUUAUAAGAGAGUCGGUCAUCUCCUCAAGCAACGAAGAGAACCCCGGUAGCACCAGAAUAUCAAUAGUUCGCUAACUUAGCUUCAACAUGGCAUCCAACAACUUCAUCCUCACAGCAGAAGCUCACUCCAAAGCCCUACCCAACUUCCACUUCUCAACCCAAGCAGUCCACGCAGAUGACUUUGUCAGUCCUCACCGGGCCAUCGCCCCAGCUCUUCACUCCGCUGUGAACUACCGCUACGCCCGCAACCCAGAUGAUCUCGUUGAGAUGGAGAACGAUGAUCCAAAUGCUCCAUUCGACUCACACGUCUACUCUCGCUACACAGCCCCCAACUACAACAGACUAGAAAUCGUCCUCAAGACCCUCUUCAAAAACCCCGUUGUAUCUUACUCCUCCGGGGUCGCAGCUUUUCACGCAAUGUUAAUCGCGAUAAAUCCAAAGAAAAUCUUUAUUUCUGAGGGUUAUCACGGUGUUCACGCUGUAAUCGACAUUAUGACCAAACUCAACGGUCUGGGGAAAUUUUCUCUUGAUGAGAUAGAUCAAGCGGGGCCUGGAGAUAUGAUUCAUAUCGAAACACCACUGAACCCAACAGGCGAAGCUCGUAAUCUUGCGUUCUUUAGUAAAAAGGCGAAAGAAACUGGGGCACUUCUUACUGUUGAUGCUACGCUUGCGCCGCCGCCUUUGCAGGAUCCUAUUCAGUUUGGUGCGGAUUUGGUUAUGCAUAGUGGAACGAAGUAUAUUGGCGGACACUCUGAUAUGCUGUGUGGUAUUGUCAUUGUUUCUCCAGAGGGAGUCAAAUCGGGUUUGGAGAAGACGUUGAGAGAUGAACGAAUGGUAUUGGGGAAUGUCAUGGGGAGUUUGGAAGGUUGGUUAGGUAUUCGAUCACUGCGAACUCUUCACCUACGCGUGAUGCGUCAGUCCCAAACUGCUGAAGCGCUCGUAUCAUGGCUCAACGCCGGCCUUCAAGACUCAUCUUCGGUCAUCGGACGUAUAGUCCACAAGAUUGCACAUUCAUCCAUCCAACAAGAUGCGGAGUGGCUGAAGGGACAAAUGCCAGGUGGUCACAGCCCCGUGUUCAGUUUAUGGCUGAAGAAACCAGAGCAUGCGAAGCGAUUACCGAGCAAGCUGUUUAUCUUCCAGCAUGCUACUAGCUUGGGCGGUGUUGAGAGUUUGUGUGAGUGGCGUGCUAUGUCGAGCCGUGGGGAGGAUCAGAGGAUGUUGAGAAUUAGUACUGGUGUUGAGGACUUGGAGGAUUUGAAAGGGGAUUUGGCGCAGGCUUUUGGGGCUUUGUUGAUAGAAUUUCCAUGAAAUUAUGAGAUAUGAUAUUACCAAACACUGGGAGUUUAUGGUAGAGAGUCGUGAG